UUUGAUUUUGAAAUGGCAGAAUUCAACGCUGAAAUUUCAGACGGAACGGACAGUAGCAAAAAUCCAAUACAAGAUAUCGAUCUGUUACUGAUCGGUAAAACUGGCAACGGUAAAAGUGCUACAGGUAAUACGAUCCUGGGACGUAAUGUUUUUAAAUCAUUGUCCAGUAUGACGUCUGUGACCAAGAGGCCGGUCCUUGACGUGGGCAAGUACAAUCAAUACGUGAUCAAAGUGAUGGACACUCCUGGAGUUAUGGACACUUCAGAAAUACUGGACCCAAUCGAGGCCUCGAAACUCAUUAUGGAACAAAUGAAAGAUGCCGUGAUAUUGAAUCCCAAGGGGUACCAUGCUUUCUUGAUGGUGUUUAAAUAUGAAAACCGAUUCACGAAGGAAGAAGUUGAGUCAGUCAAUGUGUUGAAACAAAUAUUUGGCGAAGAUUUCGUCAAAAAAUAUUGCAUCAUUAUCAUAACCGGCGGAGACCAUUUUCGAAAUAAAUCAAAUGGCCUAAGUUUUAAAGUAUGGAGACAAGAACAAGGGGGCUAUUUUAAACAGCUGAGACUCGAAUGUCAAGACCGUGUCAUUCUCUUUGAUAAUGUCACUCAAAGCGCAAUAGUACGCACGAAGCAAAUGAAGAAACUCAUAAAAUGUGUCAGAAAAUUAAACACAGAUGGCAUUCGCUACACUGACAAGCGUUUCCAGAGAGCGAAACAAAGUCGCGACUAUUUAUUGUGUGAGAACCAAAUGGUUCAGGUAGACAAAGGAUUAGAUGAAGUUACCAUCAUUUUAGAGCAGUACAGUGUUAUAUUUGAUGAUGACUUUAGCUAUCCCUGUGAAGACCUAAAAGAAAUAUCUGUGAAAUGCGAUGCCUUGUUUGACCAAUUCUCGAAAAGCCAAGAUGAAUCGUCGACUGUCAAAGAAUUUUUGAAAAUGGUUGUAGAAGUCAGAAACUCCAGCUUUAAGUUUUCCCAAAAUUUUCAAGAGAUCCAUCAAAAACUGACAAUAAAUAGUGAGUGCCUCAAGAAAGAGUUCCAGCGAAUAAAUGGUGUGUUAAAUGAUUUCUCAAUUGAGGACCAAGCUGGAAAUACAGGGGCAGACGACUCUGCAGGAAACACCCGUGUUUUAGCAGACGACAAUCAGGGCAUCAAAGGGUCAAAGGUCAGAGGCUAUAGUGACGCGUGUAUCACUACUUCUGAGGGAGAGACUUUGAGAAAAAGAAGCACCAGUGUGACAAGCGGAAAGCGGGUUGUUAGCUCUAAAGAGUUAAAGGAUCAAGUCAUAGGUGAAUUCGUAGACAACAACGCCAUACAAAAGUUGUAUGCUACCGAGAAAGAACUCAAAUAUCAGCUUGCAGCCAUUAAGAAUGAGAUGAAGCUAGAGAUACAAAAAUAUCGGAGGAGUCACAAAUUAAUACAAGAGAAACGAGACAAUAUUUUAAGAGCCAAGAGCGCUUGUCAAAUAUUAUAACAUGUCACAUUGACUUAACAUUAUGUCACAAUGAUCCACCUUAUCUUUAUCAGAACUUUAGGUCUAGUGUUAAAUCUAAAUGUCUAUAUAAUGAACAAACCAAUGAAUAAUCACUCAAGUAAGUCUUACUCGCUGGCCGAAUCAGAAAAUGCUAAGUUCUAACAGCUGACGGUGUCACGGGUUCGCUACCCGAAUUGAAUCCGAAAUGUUUUUAACUAUUUUUUUUUUAUUAUUCUAUUAUAUUUGUGGUUUAACAAUGGAGGUAUUGUCUUUUUAAAAUGUAUAUUUUAAAUUGUUUUUCUUGUUUCUAAUUACCUUAGAUGUCUUAUCUGAAUGAUUUAUAUAUGUCAGAAAAAUCAUAUAAUAAUUAUAUCUAAUUGGUCUACGAAGUUCACAUUUGUUAGGGUUAGGGUUAGGGUUCACAUUUGUUUCACAUUUGUUAUGCUUUGCAUUGUAUCCAUAUCUAUUUGGUCUACGAAUUUCACAUUUGUUAUGCUUUCCAUUAUAUCCAUAUCUAUUUGGUCUACGAAUUUCACAUUUGUUAUGCUUUCCAUUAUAUCCAUAUCUAUUUGGUCUACGAAUUUCACAUUUGUUAUGCUUUGCAUUGUAUCCAUAUCUAUUUGGUCUACGAAUUUCACAUUUGUUAUGCUUUGCAUUGUAUCCAUAUCUAUUUGGUCUACGAAUUUCACAUUUGUUAUGCUUUCCAUUGUAUCCAUAUCUAUUUGGUCUACGAAUUUCACAUUUGUUAUGCUUUGCAUUAUAUCAAUAUCUAACUGAUAUUCGUAUUUCACAUUUGAUAGUUAAGUUGUUAUAUCUAUUUUUACCUAUACCUUUUACCUAUCCCUUAGUCUGUUGCACCGUUGGAGCACCAAGCAAGACUUGUCGACCGUCUUUCUCCAUUCCUCCCUGUCUUUUGCCUUAGUUAGAGCCUCUUUCAAUGGCAGGCCCGUCCAUUAUUUAAUGUUGUCCUCCCAUCGCUUUCUCUGUCUGUCUGUCACAUUUGUUUAGUUAUCUAUUUGGUUUUCGCGUUUCUUAUUUAUUAUUUAUUAUCCGUUACUAUGGUGUUUAAAUCCCUACGAUGGUUGUAUAAUAUUGAUCAGGCAUAUCCUUUUUUUUUUUACAAAGCUGAUAUCAGCUCACUUUGUCUGUCUGUCUGGUAAAACUAUUUCUCCCACAAUCAAUCUGGGAUGAGGCUGAAAUUUCGCAAAAUUAUUUAUUUUAUCUGACAAAACAAGAAUAAAUUAAAAAAAAAGACACAGACAGUUUGUGUGGAUCGGUUCCCGAAGUGGUCCAUCCAGGCAGGUAAAAUGGCAGGUUUCAAUAUUUUCAUAAAGAAUGUCUAUAAAGUACUCGCUUUGUCUCAGAUCCACAGAGAGGGGUUGAGAGAACCACUGCUUGGUAGACACUGAUUUUUAUAGACAGGCGGAGCGAUUUAUUUCGCCACUCUCUCCUGGAGACGUCCAAAAGUUCGACUAUCCCUGAUCACAUAUCAACCUCCCUUAAAAGCAAUGCGUCAUUUGAUACUAUGCUUCCCAGAUAAUGUGAAGUUAUCUACCACAAUAAGGGAUGUCUAUGCGCGGUGAUCUUUGGGUUGAGUAGGUUUUAUUGGGUGACUUCUGGAACAUGGCUUCCCCGAACUUUCAUAAACUUCGCUCUAGUUCUAGGUGUAAAUUAUAAAAUUGAACCAUUAUAACUUAUAAUAGGUUUACAUUGGUCUCUUUGUUUUCAAGGAGCUCCUGGAAAUCUCCUGAAACUCAUAAAAAUAUCCUCAAAAUAGACAAAAUUGUCAUUUUGGGGUGUCAAUCAAUAAUGUAAACGCCAAUCCUACGUGUGAUAAAAAAAAACGACAUCUUCAGCUUUCAUUUAAUAAAAAUGUAAUGCAAAGACGAGUUUAUUUUCUAAUACAAAAUCAUAAUUUUCACUUAUUAUCCUUAGCCCUACCCUGAUUGGGCUGCGCGCAAUCCAUUUCACAUAGGACCCCCAAAUGUUAGGGCCGGCCCUGGUUAUCAUGUUCAGUGUGUGCAAGUAAGGCAUAGAUAAGCUGUGUUAUGACCAUUUCCUAUGUUUUUGGUAUGGGACAGUAGACUUCGAAGCUUGACCACAUUGCAAUAAUUCACCCGAAAAAUAAUAACAAAGUAAAAGCUACCUACGGGUCUACGCUAUUUGUAAACAAUAUUAAAGUGUAAACAAUUUAUAACGCCUUUAAAAGACAAUAACUAAUCAUACAUCAACAAAUUUAAUUUCAUUAUUUGUCUUCCAUAGUUACAAAUAGAUCAAUCUACAAUAAGAUAGUGCACAAAUGUUUAAUUAGGUCAAUUGAUUCAUUAAAAUGUGUUCUUGUUUGUGAAGAAAUGUCUUAGUGUACUGCUGUGAGCCUAGUGACGUAAGCGGUGUCAAGUUUUUUUUUUAUCCCUUUGACGUAAUGGAAAAAAACUUUAUUCAUAAAACAUUCUAGCCAAAAUCAAUUUUUCGAUAAUGAGACAUUUUCAAACCGUUAUAACGGUCGACCUCGAGUUUUCCCGAUGUGGCCAAUGAGUUGAGAAUUUUUUCCUCACUAAUAUUCACAUACCAUGAAAUUUUAAGGAAAAUGAUUAGAGCCGUUUUCGAAGUAAAUUUAAAUAUAUACAAUCCAUACAUACAAGAAUUGCUCGCUCAAGAGUAUAGGAUUUAGAUGGUGUUCUUAUUUUUAUUAUAAAUGGGAUUGGGUAUAUUGGAAACGGAUGUAGAUCUAGAUCUCUACGGUUGGAAAACAUUGUGGAAAUAGUAUCCAGGAAGGCCUACGUGAUCUUAGUCACGCACAUCCUGGGUUAUAAAGUCAAAGGUUCUCAAAUGCUGGUAGCUCUGUGGCGUUUUAUGUCUCCAGAGUUAAUGUAUUUUUUUAUUUGCAACUACUUGUGUGACUAAAGAGGCCAAUCCUUGUUGCACAGUUGCGGUCACAGGUUGGGCAUAUGUAGUCAACAGGCGCCGUCGCAUUUCCACCCUUCUUUCUACAACUAUUGUGUAUGGCACCUGUAAUCCGGGACCCUUCCUUUAUGCUCGCUCUUCAUUUGGAUCUAUCCAGUGCCAACUUUUUUCCCAACUGUUAGUGUCGAUUUCGAAGAGCUUCAUGUCGCGUUUGCAGACAUUAGUCUACCUUAGCAGUGGACAACCAGCGGCUCUCCUGCCUUCUGUUAGAUCGCUAUACAUAAUGUCUUGUGGAAGUCGACCUUGUGGCGUUCUAUGAACGUGACCAAGCUAGGCCAAGGCGUCUGCUGCUGAUGGCCUGGCACCCUGCUCUUCGUAGCACAUCCUCAUUGUUUUUGGGUGGGUUUUUUUUUUAAAUCUCGCCACCUUAUUUUAAAGACCUGCCUUAGGCAUUGGAGGUGGAAGAUAUUUAGCUUUUUUUUUCCUGACAUCAAUAGGUUGACCAUGUUUCACUUGUCGGUAGCAAGAGUACUUAUAAACUUGUAGAUAUCCAUAAUGGUGAUUUCUCCCCCUUAGUCUUUCACUCGCCUUCUCUCUUUCUGUCAUCCUUUCACCUCUCUAUCUCUAGUUCUUUUUCCCACUCUUCGCUUAUCUCUCUUUCUCUUUCUCUUUUUCUCUUUUUCCAUAUCUCUCUCACCAACUCUUUUUCUAAACUCUACAAAUCAGAAAAGACACAGAACAAAAAAUAACGAAAUUUCUAAUCAUAAACACUGACCUACUUAGAGACUUGUAAAAUAGACUUUUACCACAGAAGCCGAAAUGUCGUUUUUAUCAUUGUAAUGUUGUUUUUUAUGUGUACUGCCCAGUGGUAAAUCACAUUGAUUAAAGAAUAUUAAGGCAUACUACUUCUAUUAUUAAGUUAAUAAUUACUAAUAAAUAUAAAUAUAAUGAA